UCCUUUAUCACUGGGUUGGUAGUGCAAAAUUUCAAUGUUUUACUAUCACAUUGAUAAUCAGUUAUUAGUCUUUGGAUUUGACCAGUGAAUGCUAAACAAUCACUUUCAACUGUUUGACUAUUCCCACAAAAUGAGAGAAAGAAUUUUGGUGCAUACUUGCUUAUAUACUGAAACUUCAAAACAGUCUAUAGAAUACUAUAUAAGAUAGACUGGUAAUACAAAAGCCUUUGAAGGUAAAGAAUAUUAAACCCGUGUCAUAUCUAGUAACAAAAACAUAAAACAAACAGCAUCCUCAAAGUGACCAACAGAUUUAAAGGCUAGUGUAAGAUGUGAUACAAUACUUUAAUUGUUACUCUAAAUCUCCUUUACAGUUUUGCAAAAUGAAUUUGUUUUCAGAACAUCUUUGGUGUACAAAAAGUGUAUAAAGUUAGAAAUCAGAAAGAGCUUUAUAUUUAGAAAGAGCUGUGUUAAAUAUAUUAAUGUAUAAAUAGUGUUGUGUAUUGCACAUGUUUAUUGCCAAGUGGGGGAAUUGACUGUUCAUGAGAUGGAUUGCCUGAGGGAAGAAACUGUUCUUAUGCCUGGCUGUUUUGGUGUUCAGUGCCUGGGUGUUAUUUAAUGAUAUUUUUUAUUGACUGCAAUAUCGGAUGAUUACACCCUCCUGGUUGGUGAUAUCCAUGUCACCACUGUGUAAUAAUUAUUCAUCUCUUUUGCGGAAGUCCGCCCUUCUCCUUUGUAUUAGAUUUGGUAUCUUGCCACAAAAUAGGCUGUUUCACACCUCACUGGUACAGGUUCCUUGGCAGUUGUUUCUGGAAAAUGAUCAUUGGAAUGAACUGAACAUGAGAUUUAAAAAUCAGAGGAUUCUGAAAAUAAUCUCCAUCAUUUCAAUGUCCCUCUUCUUACUGAUCUAUACAGGACGAAUGACAAAUUGCCCUCCUAAGAAAGAGCUGGUCUUGAAAAACUUCCUAAAGCAGGAUGUUGGAGAACUACAGGCUUGUUCUGCUAUUAUUCAAGGAGACAUGGACGGAGUGGACAAGGACAUUUUUAGGAAGCUCCUGACCUCGAAAAAAAGAACAUCCUUGCUAUCUGAGUCAUUCUAUCUCAACGCAACCAAGGAUUGUCCAUCCUACAUCCGAGACAGAGGGUUUCUGAUGGUUUCUCUCAGUAAAGAGGAGAAAGAUUUCCCUAUUGCUUACUCCAUGGUGAUCCAUGAGAAGAUUGAGAUGUUUGAAAGGCUCUUAAGAGCCAUUUACACUCCUGACAAUGUGUACUGUGUUCAUGUGGACCAGAAGUCUCCUGAGAUCUUUAAAGAAGCUGUUAGGGCCAUUGUGUCCUGCCUGACAAAUGUGUUUAUGGCCAGCAAACUGGAGAAUGUGAUCUACGCCUCCUGGUCUCGAGUUCAAGCAGACAUCAACUGCAUGCAGGAUCUGCUCAAGUCACCUGUCCAGUGGAGGUAUCUGCUCAACACCUGUGGCACUGAUUUCCCUAUCAAAACCAAUGCAGAAAUAGUUGAGUCUCUAAAACACCUGAAUGGAAGGAACAGUUUGGAGUCCGAGGCCGUAGAGUCCAAAAAGUGGCGCUGGCAGUAUCAUCACAAUGUUACGAACGUUGUGACUCGGACCGAUGUUAAAAAGUCACCCCCGCCAAUAAAGAGCCCUAUGUUUGCAGGAAAUGCUUACUUUGUGUUUUCAAGAGAGUUUGUGGAUCACAUUUUCAAAAGCAAAGAGGUUCAAGAAUUCAUGGAAUGGGAGAAAGACACAUACAGUCCAGAUGAACACAUGUGGGCUACGUUACAGCGGAUGCCUUCAGUACCAGGAUCCAACCCUUCAAACAGAAAGUACGAGCAAUCGGACAUGAACGCAAUUGCUCGUCUAGUUAAAUGGAGCUACCAUGAAGGAGAUCUAAAGAGUGGGGCUCCCUACCCACCAUGCACUGGGACGCACAGACGGGCGGUGUGUGUCUAUGGAGCUGGGGACUUGAAAUGGAUUGUGAGGCAACACCAUCUUUUGGCAAACAAGUUUGAUCCAGAAGUAGAUGAUGUAGCUAUCAAAUGUAUGGAGGCUUUUUUAAGGUACAAAGCUAUUUAUGGUCGAUCAUUACUAACAGUUGAUAAAUCUGACAUUAUUUUGUGA